GCGGCGCCGGAAUGCCCAUCCUCCCGCUCGCCAUUUUGCAUGGAGUUGGCUGGGUUCUUGCUCCUGUAGCUCGGAGGGCCGUUAGAACCACCGCCCAUGGCGGGCGGGGAAAAAGCUGUUCAGCAGGAGAAACUAUGGUCGGUGCUGGAGUCCUCGCAGCUACGUUACUGAUGUUGGUACCGGUCACGGGCUUCCCCAUCCUGGGUCGUCUACCUGUCUUUGGAGAGCUGUGGCCGGAGCACGUAGUGGAGUAUCAGCAGACAUCAAUAGCAGACAUGAAAAUUGGUCCAUCAGCUGUUGAAAGAACAAAACGAUCAACAAAAGGAGAAAAUGUACAAAUAUCUGUAGCUUUUUUGAAGCAUUUAACCUCUGCCCUUGUAGCAUGUGCUACUAUUUUUGGAAUGACUAUCUCAGUUUUAUCAUUAGCAGCAUGUUACUUAUACUAUAAAAGAAGGCAACUUAAACCCUUUCUUGAUGUUGUACUGAGAAGUGGAGAAUCUCUACACAGAUCUAAAUCCAAUGAUCCAAAUUGUUGUACUCCUAUUUCUCUUUCUCAGGCUUUUCAUUUUGGGCAAUCACAGGAAUCAAGCAAAAAUCAAACAGCAAUGGCAACAGAUUCUAAAACUUCUCCCAGAGAGUCAACAAGAAGUUCCUCUGCUGAAAGCCCAUGCAAGAUAAAGAGAACUGAUAAACCUUGUCCCAAAGAGGAACCUGAUCUUACUAUAAAAGAAAUAUAUGCCAGCUCAGAUAUAGACUGCAGUUCAAAUGGGUCACAAUUAAGUUUUACUGUAAGAUCAAAAACUUACUUAUUUCCAUCUUGGUCCAGUGAGAGUAUGGGAUCACUAUUUGAUGAAGAUGCAUGUGAUGCUUUCUCUGCUCAACUUUCCUCAUCAGAUGAAAUAAUGGAAAAUGAGUUCUCACAGCAACCCACGUCCAACACCAACCAAAAAGAAAAUUCAUCAAUUGCUGUAGUUCAUCAUUCAUGUAAAUACCAAGACCACAGUAGCUACAGUGAUGAGUUGUUGCUGAUAAAGAAAGUAAGGAUUUCCAAGUCAAAAUCUGAAAAUGAUAUGUAUGUAUCUUCUAGUAAAGAACUGCGUCCAGUCCGCUCAUUUACCAUUUUUGAAGGAAGACAUAAUACAUGAUCAGUAUUUGUAUAUUUUACUGGACAUUUUAAACUACUAAUACUGAUGAUUGUCAUUUUUUCAGAAUAGCCAAUUAUUUAAGUGAAUAUGCUGACAUGAAACAAAAAACUGAACAUGUCUCAAUGUUAUUUAUUUUUAAAAUAUAUCAGACAAAUUCUGAUUUACGUCACAAAAAUUAAAUCUGACCAAACUAUCUGAAGUCCUUUUAAUUUGAGUGGGAGUAGGAAUCUGUGUUUCUAUUAAGAGGGCGGGUUUGGUAUCGACGUGUCUUUUUUCCCUUUCAUAAAAUACAUUAGAUAUGGAAGAAGGUAUAAACAUGGCUUAUAUUCUAUUUCAUAAUCUUAUUUUUAAAAAUGUCUGAGUGUUGGUUUUAUGUAAUAGAAUAGUUCAAUAAAACUUACACUGUGUAGCAGGAAGUAAUGAUACCUGCGGGGAUAGGGUGGGAUGUAAAUUAAAUAAAUAAAUAAAAUUAUGUGAGACACA